AUGACUGAGAUACGUACUCAUGUUGGACUGCCUGCAGUUCCCGAUAAUCUUUCCAUUCCGCAAUUUUUCCUCGAUGUCCCACAUCAUGUAGCCAGGCCAAUAGAGAAGGAAGGGACGCCAUGGUUGAUAGAAGAUACCAGUGGACAGGCGAUAUAUUUGGAAGAGGCAAGUGUCCGUUCACGCACAAACGCUCUGGCUAAUGGAUUGAAGCAUCAAUACGAUAUUGGUACGACGAAAAAACUCGCUGUUAAAGAUUACCCUAUGGUCAUAUGGGCCGUUCACAGAAUUGGUGGUAUUAUAUCUGGGGCUAAUCCCGACUACACCGCUCAAGAGCUAAAAUACCAGCUCGAGAUCAGCGGAGCAGUCCUUAUCGUCACACACCCGGAUGCACUUGACAUUGCGGUAUCAGCAGCUGAGGCUAUCGAUGGAGCCCUACUCGACCGGAUUGUACUGCUUAGCGCGCGUACUCCAUCCGACCCCACUAAUUCCUCUUAUGUCACUUUGGAUGAGUUGGUGGCGCUGGGCCUAUCAAAGCCACUUACCUACAUUGAACCCAAGAUAAACGGAAAGACAAAACUUGCUUUUCUGAGUUUCUCUUCAGGCACAACAGGAAAACCAAAGGCGGUCGCAAUACCACAUUGCUCAGUGAUAACGAACGUUAUACAAAUGGCCGUUCAUAACAGAGUUAACGAAGAAUACACCUCAUGGGAGAAUAGGAGAUACAGACCGGGUGAUGUUGCGAUGUGUGUACUCCCGUUAUACCAUAUUUAUGGCUUGGUGUUGAAUCUGCAUUUCAUCUUGUUUUGUGGAAUGUCUGUGGUGAUCGUUCCGAAAUACAACUUCAUUGGGAUGCUAGAUAGUAUCAUUCGUCAUCGGGUAACACAUUUGAUGCUUGUUCCGCCACAAGUUGUCCUGUUAUGCAAACAUCCCGUGGUAAAACAGUACAAAGCGAAACUACAAGUGGUUAGAAUGAUUAUGGUUGGAGCGGCACCACUAUCGGGGGAAGUGAAUCAACAGUUAUUCGAACUGCUUCCCGAUGCCCAUAUUGGCCAGUCCUAUGGCAUGACGGAAACUUGCACAGCGACAUCCUCAUGGCCGGUUACUCGUAAGCGCGGAACAUCCGGAAGCGGAGGACAGCUACUUCCUGGAGUGGCGGCGAAGGUAGUAAAAUCGGAUGGUUCUCUCGCCAAUUACGGUGAGCCGGGGGAGUUGGUCAUUUGGUCGCCAUCGAACGCGCUGCGGUACCAGAAUGAUGCACAGGCAUCCAAGGACACAUUUAUCGAUGGAUGGAUACGCACCGGCGAUGAAGUGAAAAUAGAUAAAAAUGCCGAGCUCUGGAUUCUUGAUCGUAUGAAGGAGAUUAUGAAAGUCAGAGGUUUUCAAGUAGCGCCGGCAGAGCUCGAAGGGUGCAUUCUAGAUCAUCCAGACGUCUCCGAUGCUUGUGUUGUAGGAUUUCCAGACGAAUACAGCGGAGAAGUUCCGCUCGCAUUUGUUGUCCUAACAGAAGAGGCAAGUUCCAAGGUUCUAGAACGAGGUCCACAGAUCAAGGAUUCCAUAAUCAAGCAUGUCGCCUCAAAUAAGGUCAACUACAAACAUCUCAAGGGUGGAGUUGAAUUCAUUUCGGCGAUACCGAAGAAUCCUAGUGGAAAGCUGCUCAGACGUGUGUUGCGUCAGCAUGCCUCAUCGCUCAGAAAGAAGGAAGCCAAGAUGUAA